CAUUUUUUAAACCUCGGAGUGAUUCCCCUUGUUGAUACACAAUCUUUGUGCGGCUGUACAGCGCUCAUGCCUGCUGUGGUGCCUGACUCCGUGAGGAUGGACGGUGUGUCGUUGGGUCUGGUGGCCACACCGGCCUCACCACAUCCAAACUGUACCACGGAUUCAGAGGAGGACAUGGUGAAUGGAGGGAUGCACACCUUCAACCAGACGCACAUGAGGAAGGCUUUCCAGCUCAUGAACGACCUGAGGAGUAAAAAGAUGCUCUGUGAUGUCCAGCUGGUGGCGGGGAGCGUUGAAGUGCCGGCUCACAGGGUGGUCCUCGCGUCCUGCAGCCCCUACUUCUGUGCCAUGUUUACAGGCGACAUGAGUGAGAGCAAGGCCCAUCAGGUGGAGAUCAGAGAGGUGGACGGACAGACUCUGAGAAAACUGGUCGACUACAUCUACACUGCGGAGAUCGAGGUCACAGAGGACAAUGUCCAGGUCCUGUUGCCAGCAGCCAGCCUCCUCCAGCUGAUGGAUGUUCGUCAGGUUUGUUGUGAGUUCCUGCAGUCUCAGCUUCACCCCACCAACUGUCUGGGCAUCAGAGCCUUUGCUGACCUGCACACAUGCACACAGCUUCUCAACCAGUCCCACGCAUACGCCGAGCAGCAUUUCACUGACGUGGUGCAGGGAGAGGAGUUUCUGAGCCUUUCUCUGCAGCAGGUGUGCAGCCUCAUCUCCAGUGACAAACUCACGGUUUCCACGGAGGAGAAGGUGUUUGAGGCUAUGAUAUCUUGGAUCAAGCAUGAUAAGCCAGCUCGUCUGGAGAACAUGCCCAAACUGAUGGAGCAUGUCAGACUUCCACUACUGUCCAGGGAUUACCUGGUAAAGAUUGUCGAGGAAGAGGCUUUGAUAAAGAACAACAACACCUGUAAAGAUUUUCUCAUAGAAGCAAUGAAGUAUCACCUGCUGCCAGCUGACCAGCGGCACCUCAUCAAGACAGACAGGACCCGACCACGAACUCCUAUCAGCAUCCCAAAAGUGAUGAUUGUGGUGGGUGGUCAGGCUCCUAAGGCGAUCCGCAGUGUGGAGUGUUACGACUUCCAGGAAGAUCGAUGGUACCAAGUAGCCGACCUGCCUUCCAGACGCUGCAGGGCAGGUGUGGUUUCCAUGGCAGGCCGUGUUUAUGCAGUGGGGGGUUUCAACAGUUCAUUGCGGGAGCGAACGGUGGACGUGUACGACGGCGUGAGAGACCAGUGGAGUGCGGUGGCGAGCAUGCAGGAGAGGCGCAGUACACUGGGAGCUGCUGUGUUGGCGGAUUUACUGUAUGCCGUUGGGGGCUUUAACGGAAGUAUAGGUUUGUCGACAGUAGAAGCCUUCAAUUAUAAAACCGACGAGUGGAUGUAUGUCGCCUCUAUGAACACUCGACGCAGUAGUGUGGGUGUCGGGGUGGUCGAUGGUAAGUUGUAUGCAGUAGGAGGCUAUGAUGGAGCAUCCCGUCAGUGUCUCAGUACAGUGGAAGAAUACGACCCUGUCACUGAUCAGUGGUGCUAUGUAGCUGACAUGAGCACACGGCGCAGUGGGGCAGGGGUAGGUGUGUUGGGUGGUCAGCUGUAUGCAGCAGGUGGACACGACGGUCCUCUGGUGAGGAAGAGCGUUGAGGUGUACGACCCACAGAGCAACACCUGGAGGCUGGUCUGUGACAUGAACAUGUGCCGACGAAACGCAGGCGUCUGUGCAAUAAACGGGCUAUUGUAUGUGAUCGGAGGAGACGACGGGUCCUGUAACCUCUCCUCGGUAGAGUUUUACAACCCGGCCACAGACAAGUGGAGCCUCAUUCCCACAAACAUGAGCAAUGGACGCAGCUAUGCUGGAGUUGCAGUAAUUGACAAGCCAUUAUGACCAGGGGCUCCCACAGCAUCAGCUCUGCGUCGGCAGCCGGUUUCACACAGACUCACACUGACAUCUGAAGCUCAACAGGCAAACGGAGAAGAAACGCCUGAGAUAAACACUGUCCAAAUGGACAGGACGCCCUCGAUCCUCAGCUGACCUAAUAAUGAAGGAUGCAUCUUGAGGGUUUUUUUGGCGAUUUUGUUGUCCAAGCCUUUUCCAUUAGCGAGAUACUGACUUUUAAGGACACUGUUGCACUAGAGAUGAAACAAUAGCCACAUUAUAGUAGGCUUAUAAGAACUUGGUGAGAUGUUUUUAAAUGCCAAGCACAUAACAAGUGGCUGUAUCAGCUGACAUAAAAGUCACUCAGAUGCUGAUGUUAGAAACACUUCGGAAGGAACUGAUAUAGAUGGGCCAAACGGAGCGGAGUACAUUAGAUGCUCAGUGGUGUAACUGCAGCAGCGUUCAUGUGAUGCACCGUAUAAAACCUGGGAAACUAAAUACUUUAAAACACCAGCUGAGAGAAACAUCCACUCCAUCAAUUAACUGAACCAGCUUUGCUGUUUGCUGGCGUUGCAACAGUGGUCUGUGACUGGCUGCAGGAGCAUUAUCCAGAAUCCUGGGCACGCCAUGGGACCCUUCUUAUUUUUUAAUCAUGGGACUUGCCACAGCUUCCUUGAAUGAAUAUAAAUCAGGACAUGGCAAUUAUUUGUUUGCUUAAUUUUGAGAGAAGCACCAAGUUUGAUUCCCGUCUGCAGGUCCAGAGAGCUGCGGCGAAACAAAGUUGUUGCGUGGUGUGUAUUUGUUCUCAAACUGGAGGCCUGGACCUGGAAGUCUGCAACAUAAUUUAAAGAAUGUAGAAAAACAUCUAAUAUGCAAAUCCGCUAUCAUAUUUAAUAUUUUUGAGAUUGUUUUUAAAGAGGUUGAAAACCACAGCUGUGGCUUUAGACCCUGGCCAGAUGAUCUGAUACGACACUUGAUUCUGCUGUCGGCACACUACUGAUGCACUGAUCACUUGCACUGACUGAUGCAGACCGGCAGGCAGCUGUGUGACUCACUGAUGGAUGGACAUCUGCUUGUCUCUCUGAUUGACCAAGUGGAUCACUGACCUGCUGUCAGACAGACGGCUGCUCAGCUGUCUGUCUCCAUCACUGAUCGUACUCAUGGGAGCAUUUGAACUCACCACUUAAAUGCCAAUAAUUUAAUCCGAAAUUGUAAAAAUGUGCCAGUUACGAUGAUCAGAAUAAUGCUGGGAGUCACAUGGUGUUUUUUUUUUUUAAAUCUCUUAACAGACUGAAAUGAUUAAUUGUUUCUGUUCUAUGUCUAAGGGAGUGUGACAAAAUGCACUGUAGAAAUUUAACUGUAAAAUUAUAAUGAAAAAGAUGCAGGUUUAAGAUUUUCUAUUUAUUGUUUUUGGACAAUUGAUCGCAUAGCAUUUAUUCAUAUCAAAGAGAGGUUCUCGUGUCAUUUUCUCAGCCUAUACGCACACUUGUGCUCUGCUCACAUUCAUUCAGAUGAUCGAGGUGUAUAUUUUAGAUGUAGUAACUCAGUUGAUUGACUGGUGCCAUAGCUUUGAAGAAAAGAGACUGAUAGAAGAAAGGUGUCCACAGCCAACCUUUCAUUUCUGCCUGGAUCAUGGAGUAACUGGACGCAUUCGGCUGUCAUUUCAACCCCCUUUGACAAAAAGUAUAUAAAAUACUUAAAAGACCAUAUUGUUGUUUUUAUAAGUCCCCUCGCUGAGGGCAAUGUCCACAUGGCUCACGUUGCCGCCUUGGCUGGCAUUACAAACAGGACGGGCUCUGGAGCAUUCAGUUAUAGUUAGUGCAACUGCAACGUUUGACAUGCUUAAUGUCGGAAGCGUUAUGGAGCACGACUCCAGAUCCUAUUUAACAUUUUUUGACAGUUAUCAUUGCGCAGUAUGGAUUGUGUUCAUGUGUCUGCAGGUAGAACAUGCAUAAUAAGAGUUCAAUUCAGCACAGUGUUGCAGCAUGCACAAGCUACAAUGUCAGAAAAUCCAAAUAACGGGUAAGCAUGGAGUGAUAUUAGCAGCUUCUUUCAUCACAAUAUUUGGCUGCCAAAUUGCAAGUCUUGUGCUGUGUUUGAAACCCCUCCCGCAAUCAGUCAUUCACUAUUUUCUAUAUCAUAGACACUCAGUAGUUACUUUAGUAACUAAUAAUACAUUGAGAUUCCAUUGAUGAUCAUGUAGUGUCAUGUCUUUCCAUUGUGGGAACUUUUGAGGGCACUAUAUGGAGCACAAGUUGCACACUGAGAAUUCAACACUAAAGGUGAAUAAAUGCACUCUGCAGCAAAUAAAGGGUGAUUUCAAGCACAGCCUUGGAUAUUGAAGCCUGCCAUCAGCAUCUAAAGCUAUCAGAUGGAAAUCUUGGCUUUCGUCACUGCAUUACUACCUUUUAUAUAAAAUCGACUCAGUUCACCGGCAUGAGUCCUUUCGGAACAAUUCAAGUCUAUUAGUUGAAGCUCAUAUUGUUCUGAAUAAAAUGGAGACCAGCGGCUGCCUAGACUGUAGGAAAAACACAGUUGUAUUGUAGACAGUAAUCAACAGUAAGUUCUAAUGAUAUGCAAUUUUAUGAAGCAUCCAGAAAACACCAGUAUGGUUCAGGUUCAUUCUUGACUUUGGAAACAGAAGUUGGCAAAACAGUUCCAUUUAGUAGGUGUUCAGGGGCUUUCGACCAUUAACACAAAGCAAUCGUUAGUAGAUUGAGUUUUCUCAGAUACCAUGGAGCUGGUGAUGUUCAGACGUUUGAGUACAUUUAGGACUUUUCAUCCACGUUGACUUAAAAGUUACAAUUUGAACCUCAAGAGGCCGAGAACUUGGAAAUUAACCUCCAGAACAGUUAAAUGGACCUUGAAGUGAGUUUUGUUUUUUUGAAAGAGGUGUUGUCCUUGAUGUUUCCAGAUGAAUAAUGUUCUUACAAAGCGCAGAUGUUAUAUUUUUUAAUAUAAACUGUGGAUGUAGUAAACUAAACAGUUGUUAUUAAUAAGUCUGUUAGUUGACAUGUGUUUGGGACAUCAUGUGAUUUGUGAAGGUGAAACUUGUGCGCUCUACUUGCAGGUGAUAUGUAAACCUUCAAACUUGAAAUAAUUUAAAUUAACAAAUACUAAACAGGCUUUCUUUGCAAAAAUGCUCUAAA